AUGGACAGACAACAACCCAGCUCCUUCCAGCAGCUGGAAAAGCUUGGAGAAGGUACCUAUGCUACUGUGUUUAAAGGGCGGAAUCGUCAAACCGGGGAAUUGGUCGCGUUAAAGGAAAUUCAUUUAGACUCGGAGGAAGGGACACCGUCGACGGCCAUUCGCGAGAUCUCGUUGAUGAAAGAGCUCAAGCACGAGAGUAUCGUCUCACUCUACGACGUGAUCCACACAGAAAAUAAGUUGAUGCUCGUUUUUGAGUUCAUGGACCGGGAUUUGAAGAAGUACAUGGAUACGCGGACCGAACGCGGCCAGUUGGACCACGUUACCAUCAAGUCGUUCAUGUACCAGCUGCUCAAGGGCAUUGCGUUCUGCCACGAUAACCGCGUUUUGCACCGUGACCUCAAGCCUCAAAACCUCCUGAUCAACAAGCGGGGACAGUUAAAACUGGGGGAUUUCGGGUUGGCCCGGGCCUUUGGCAUUCCCGUCAAUACCUUUUCGAAUGAAGUUGUGACUCUGUGGUAUCGGGCUCCGGAUGUAUUGCUGGGUAGCCGGACAUAUAACACGAGCAUCGACAUCUGGUCCGCUGGCUGUAUCAUGGCAGAGAUGUAUACCGGCCGUCCUCUGUUUCCGGGAACGACCAACGAAGACCAGCUACUAAAGAUCUUUCGGCUUAUGGGGACCCCUUCAGAACGCACUUGGCCCGGCAUUUCGCAGCUCCCGGAGUACAAGCCUAAUUAUCAGGUCUACGCGACUCAGGACCUUGGCUUGAUUCUCCCGCAGAUCGACCCGCUUGGCUUGGACUUACUAAACCGGAUGCUGCAACUUCGACCGGAGCUUCGUAUCAGCGCAAACGAUGCCCUGCAACAUCCAUGGUUCCACGAUCUUGCUCAAUUGCAGUUCCAGCAGCAACAAGCACAACAGCAACAGCAAAUGAUGGGUGCAUAUGGGAUGAUGCCACCUCAGCAGCCAUAUUAA